GCCCGGAUCCCCCAGAAAUCUGGGUAAACGGAUUUCCAACUCAUACGCUAUUCCGCGAAAUUGAGAUGCCCAACAAUCUUGCCCAGGAUUUCCUUCCAUUCAGAAUGCCGCAACGAGGUUUCCCCUGAAUCUUCCUACGCCGAUUGACCCACAAAAGGGGCUUAACAAUUUUUCUGAAAACAGAAAAUCAACAAAACAUGGCAUUGGCCAAAGUUCGGGAAACAAUGGGUGGAAGAAUGGGGGAUUCACAGAUGGGGGAUAUGUACACAUCACAUGGCCAUAAAGCAUGAAAGCCUCUUUCAGUUCAGUUGUUUGCCUGCCUUUUUGGGGCGUUUUUGGCGAUAAAACGAUCAAUCUGAUUGAAGUUUAUUAGGAGACCAUCGUUCGUGAUACGGAUUCUAAUUGAAUGGUUGAACUGAUUAUGGAAAACAUUUAUAUUAGGAAGUGACUCAUUCGCAGCUCAGUCGAUAAUGCGUUUAUCUUUACUUACUGCACGUUCGAUACGUUGAGUUUCGGAUGGGAGAAGUAUGAAAACCGCUGCCAAUUCAACAAAUUUACAAUUCACAUUGAAAGUGCUUUGGAGAAAAAUCAACAAAGAGCGUGCACUCAAAUUUCAUUCGGUCAUAAAGUCAAUAAACAACUUGGACUUAAGUUUUUCUCAUCUGCAUUGCCUGCCCGAAAUGAAAACUUUAAGAACUAGUUUAAAGGAGUUUCAAAGAAGGCAAAAAACUGCUGUGUUUAUUUUUUCUUUUUUUUUUGUUUGUGGCAGCUGUGCAAUCGCAUUAAAAGUCUUCGCCCACUGGUAAAAUGAAAAAUUGCUAACAUUCGCAUAUGAAAAAGUACGCGAGACUUGCUGAAUUUUCAGUUGUUUACACGUAAAGAAUUGUAUCAGUUUUCCUUUUCAAUCCGCUCAGACUAACUAGUACCUUUAAUGAAGAUAAUUUAAUACAAAGCGUGUUAUAAUAAUGUGAAUAUAAAGAAGAAAGACGUACAGCAUUUACAGGGCAUUAGGAUGAUGAAAACAAAUCCAAAUUUUCUUUUUUUUCCCUCGUGUAUUUACACAAAAAAGUGUAUUGUUUUUGCACAUGUGUGACUACACCUCACUCCGUAUCUGUCUUGCGUUUGAAAAUUCAACUUGACGCUUCUCUUUGGCCCUGUAAAAUGUCGAAAAGUUGGGUGUUGGUAAAAAAAUAUGGGAGCCGCCGGGAGGAACAUAUGUGUUUUAUAUGCUAAUGCGUUUAAAAUCAUUCAAAUCGUCUGUGUAUCAUAUACCGCACACGAAUAUAAGCUGGAAACUUUUCCAACUGCCGCAGUCCCCUGGAAAAAUGUGCAAAUGGCAGUCAAAUUUGGUCUUUGUCCUUGUCGCCGAGUGUGCGUAUAAAUAUUUAUGCUUCGCACUGUAUUACUCCAUAAACAAGUGUGCGAUUUUCAAGACAAAUAAACAUCGUCAUACAAAUCUGUGCGUAUAAAUGCCGAAUCCACAAUGCAGGCAGGACAAAUGAAAAUUCCAAUAUCGUUUUGAGCCCACCUGUUUACGAUUCGCUAGGGAAUUUUGCAAAAUUGGUUUACCUGGAAAGAAAAAUGUAAACUCUUGCCGACAGAUAAGCUAGAAAUGUACGAUAAUUUUGUUUAAGAAAUAUUUAAAUCUCAUUCGCAGUCUGCACGAAAUAAGGACACUCUGUGCAAGUUCAUUAGAACCAACGACCAACAGAAACCGCUUUCUGAAAAACAUUUCGUUCGAAUAGCCGAGUAAAGUGAAAUAAGAUAAAUGAGCCAAUUUGACUUGGCGUGCGUGUCCCGGCCACAAUAACAAAAUACCAAAUGCCAGAACCACCCAUAAGCCACCCGGCGAACCCCGAGCACCCCGAGAACCACGAGAACCCACACCUGAGCCACACCUGCCGCCUAAUAGACCAAUCCAUAUGCAGCCAAGUCAAGCGUCGAAAAAGGCGGAUUCAGUUUGUCAAUCACAGCGCGAAAAGCGAAUUUUCGACUCGGAUUUAUUUAUUUAUUUUUAUUUUAUUCCUUGCGUUCGGUCGUGUGCCCCUGGGAAUCUUCAAAUUGGUAUUUUGGUGUAAUAAUUGAUUUUGAAGAAAUGAUCGAAAGAGAUUAUACCCUCCUUUGGAUAAGAGCCUCCUGGCAUCUACAUAUGUACAUACGUAUGUCUGCACGGGGAAAAAUGCAGAAGAUUGAGGCUUACAGCAUCAUUAAGUUGGUAUCUGUACGCACUUCGCCUUCUUAACUUUGAAUUUCUUAACUUACAUUUUUCUCGUUUUACUUUAAUGUCUGUUGAAAUCAAUCAUUUCCUAAAGCUUUUGGUGUAGUUUCUAUAGAUUUCCUAAUUUGUUAUUGUGGUAAUUAUUUACCGUCGGACUAGCUGUAUCCUUAAUUCAACGAUUGUGUUUGCUGUUGUUAUUUUGGGGACCUCUGCAGUCCCAUUUUUGGCACAGGAUUUUGUGAAGCGUGUAUUCAGCUUGUUGUUAUUUGCCUGUCAGUCGAGGAAGCGCGUUCAUGUGUGCUGUUACAGAGAGUUUUCCACCAGGCUUUACCAUUUUCCACGGCUAUUUUCCACCUAGCGUCGUCUGCAGAAAUAUAAAAAAAUCAAGUAAUGCAGAAAAAAUGCAACUGAACUCAACUCGAAUCGAGUCGAGUCGACUCAAAAAGCCAUUAAGGCGUCGAAGUCAAUGUACUCCAACGUGGGGCCAGGUUUUCCAUCAGAGGCCAAGUGGCCAUGAGGGCUUCCCACGGGGGCAGAUUGAAAAGUGCCUGGAUAUUUAUUGACAUUUAAAUAGACUAGCCGGCAGGUACGGGUAUGUGCUAUAAAAUUGAGAGAUUCCCAGCAAGUUUUGCCUUCUUUCCGCCGCUCCCUGUUCUCUAUUGAUCUUAUAUUUAUGGAUUAAUCAAUCAUAAAAUUAAGCCCCGGGCCUGUUGAAGGUACUUACCCGCUGUAACCAUUUCGGCCAUUUCACUGCCCUCGUUGUUCAUAAUUAAUCGGUAGCCAACAGAGCGUAUACUUAAUAGGCUCAAUCAACACGCAUUUCGAUUUCUGCCGCCUGCUGAUACAAUUGAAAAUGCCAUUGCUGAUCGGCGAUAAGAGCGUUCGGCAAGCAGCGCUUAAAUUAAACCCACUUAAAUCCAACGCCCCCGCAUUGUCAAACUAAUUAUGAAGGACUCGGUCCUUCUGCUUCCAAGUAACUUUGUUUCCCCAUUACCGAAUCUUGGAGCUCCCGUGAAGCGAAAACCCUUGGGAAGAUGGCUUCAAUCAGCAUUUCCCCACUGCGGGAAAACUACUUCUCAAUUGUGAUGUUCGGUUUUUGUUAUAGACCUUGGACUUGGACAUGUACUUGAAUGGUCGGCCAUAAGUCAAUCGCAAUAUAUUCUCAUUUUAGGGACUACUUUGGAAUUUAAUUGUUGUGUAUAGUUGGGGAAAAGUCUUAAAAGCAUAAUCCCUCAACUAGCAGUGUACGUGGAACCACUCGAGCGUUUCGAUGAGGCCUUUGUUGUGCAUUGUAUGUAUAUCUUAUCUUUUGGCAGCCAGGCAGGCAUUUUAUCUAAACCAGAAACUCGAGUGCCCAGAGCCAGUGUGGGGUUGAUGUCCAUGGGUUGUGCAGAUGAGGGGAUGUGGCGAUGUGGGUGACACAUGUAACCUCUGCACGGACUCGAACGCCAGGUUUUAGUUGCCGGAAACACAACAAAACCCGCGCAACUCGAGAGGAAAAUGGAGUACUGAGUGCGAGGAAGGGGUUUUCGGUUAGCCCCCGAGUUAAGUGGCUUCCAGCUGGGGGAUAAAGUGGUUGUAGGGCCAAUAUUUGCUCCGGGCAAAUAUGAAUACACGGUUCGACUAAUUACGCGCUCGCAGCCCCCCAACAAUAUAUAGUACGAGUAACUAACAAAAUUGCAUACACAGAAAAAGGGCCCAAAAAUAUCACAAUGACUCAUAGAAUACGGCGGUAUUUGAGCCAGAGAAACAGUCUGUUUGAAUUAGGUUGAUGGUGAAUGUUUCACAGUUGGAAUCCGUAUUUUUCGUACGCGUGGGUUUAAUUUAAUAGUUAUUCACUGGAUACCUGGAUACUGGACACUGGGUACUUCUGUGAAAACCAUUGCAAAUCAUCAGUCGGUCCGAUUUGCUCUCUGUAAUCAACCCUUUGCGAGCUGUCAACAUUGGCUGUGAACUCAGUUGAUAAAUGCCAUUUGUGCCUCAAUUAAAAUCAUUUUAACACCUGUUACAGAGAUUGGCAAUGACAUUUCAGCGUGGGAUUCACAGUAAAUUGAAAUAUGAAUGUGACAGGGAGCGAUUUUGCAGGUGCGUGUGCCAAAUCGAAGUGCGAAAACGUGUAAGUAAGAAAAUGAAUUUCCUGUGACAGCAAACUGCAGCGAUGUGGAAAAUGUGUUCAAAAUAAUGAAAUCCAAAUCUCUAAUGAAGUGCAAAGCCAAGGUGUCCGGAUAGAAAUAAUUGUCGAUGUAUUGUGCAAAAGAAAAAAGCUCAUGUUGCUGAACAUUCGUGGGAGUUUUUAUAAUUACAAAAUGUUUAUCUGUCAGUCCCAGGCAUUUCCUAGGUCCGACAAACCAGCGCAUUCGUUGUUCAAUUAAAAAUUUCAAUUAUUACGAAAAUAAGUCAUUCGUGGCCCAAAUUACAUACAUGUGCGUACAGUAUCGUUUUAUCUGGAAAAUUAAAACCAGUUGCAUUGCCAACGGACAUUUUUGAGUGACAACUUUGGCUAGGCAGGCAACGAAAAUGUGAUUAAAAUCUUUGUUUCUCCUAUUGUAUACAUUGCUGAUUUCGGUAUUAUUCACGGCCGGUCUUUUGUUUACUGUGCUUACACCAAAUCCGCCUCGCAUUUUCGAAUUGGCAGGACUCACCGAAUUUUAAUAGAGGCCUAUUCAAAUUCCACCGGCCACCUGUCUGCUGUUUACAAUUUCGCCCGCGGUGGUGGCAGGCUUCACAAAAGCGUCUAAACUAAUCAACAGGAGCAGUUUGGUGUUCUGUUUGGUGCCCUGCCGCCUGAAAUAAGUAUGAAAGUGGGUGCAUAAAUUGCGAACAAAAUGAAAAGGCUGCUUUCACAUUAUCUUUUCUUUGCUGCUAAGCUCCUCACUUGGGACUCCAUUUCUCUCAAUUUCUCUCCAUUUCUCACCAUUUCUUCAUUUGCAGCUUCAUUUCAUUCAAGCCACCUUGCACACACAUACACACACACACGGGCAAUAUCGAUUUAAUGUAAUUAAGGUAAAGCAGCACUAUAAUAAAAAUGUGUCGCCGGCAGCACGCACCCAGAUACAUCAGCCGCCAUACUUAACCGUCUUGUUCACGUCUUCCACGUCCUCGUCGCCGUGCGGCAGCCGAAUAAAAAUCAAUAAUUAAAGUUACUUCCUCGCAGCUGUUGAUAUUGUGACGAGCUUAGUCCUUAAAGUCGAAUCGAAGAGAAAACUGAGAGUUGGAUAGAGGGGGCAACCCUAGCUCGAACCGAUUACAACGAUAACAUUUUGUAAUGACAGUUUUUGUACGUGCAAUUGUACAGUUGUCCCAAAACAGAUAGGUUAUCAAAGAAAAUUCAGUUAUGGUGAAAAAAAGAUUCUAUAGGUGUAUUAUAAUGCGCUUAUAGUAGUUUUCGCUAGAAACUAACACCGUUUAAUUUUUUUCUGUUGGUUUAACUAAUAAUGCAUUCAUGCCUUAAAUUCGCAAGAAAAUCGUUCGCUCGUCGCUUACCGCAUACAUGUUUUCCACAUUGCAGACUUGCAAAUGUAAAUUGUCAAAGUACAAGCCACUUAACUCGGCAUGAAGACUUGCACUUGUGGUUGGUUGGCAACAAUACUUCCCUGUCUUGCAAUGUGGUAUUGUAAAUUGGUAAAUGUCUCGUCAAGGGUUUUGACGGAGACUUCCUGCUCAUAUUCAGGUUGUUCUGUUAAGUGCGGAUAUAUGUUUUGGCCAGAUAAGCAAACCCAAGUAGGCUGGGCGAUUGCCAGAUGACCAACAGCAGAGCGCAAUAAAUCAUAAUUCGUUAAUCUCACUAGUCCUUCAAUAUCCAAUCCAUGCGAUUUAAAGCCACUGUGCUCGCUCUCUAACCAAAAAAGAGAAAAAAAUAUUACAAAAAAAAAAGAAAACCCCGUAGGCGUCGCAUUGGGGUAGUUUAAUAGUGAUUAAUGAUCCAAAUUUUUGACAGGGACAGCUGGAGCGAGUGAAAAACAUGCUAAAAUAAAAGUGUAAUAAUGUUUAAUGUGUGUCAUGCUAAGUAAUAAUACAAAAUCAUUUUGCGGCCCGAAAACAACCAAUCAAAACGAGGACUAAUGGUCUCAUAUCUGCGAUACAUAUUUUGCCCCCUAUAUGUACAUACUCUCAUUUGAGCUAACAAACGUGUGCAGGCUAUCUCCGUUGUUAGUUACAAGAAAUACGUAACUUUUAAUUUAAACGGAGACUUUGGGGCUUCCGAAAUUUAAUAUUGGAUGUUCGUUGGAAUAUUAAUUAAAGUGCAUUUGAACUAUACCCUGAAAAUUUUCUACCCUUUGGGAAACUGUAGAAGUUUUUUGAUAAUUGAAGACCCUCCAUGUUGUUUGUAUCUGUUUCUCUGUGCCGCAAUUUAUAUGUGUGUGUGUAUGCAGUUGGUGGACCCUCAAGGGCUGGAUCAUUUGCAUGAACCGUAUCCGGCUGCUCUCGUUGGUCCUUCUGGAUUUUGCCAGUGUCAGUGUCCCGGGCUCAACGUACUGCACACUACUACUACAGACAGCCAUCUGCCGCAUCCUUGGUUUCGUCCCGGCAAUGGUGGGACACAAUGUUGAGCACCUGGAGGCGCAUUGCGGCUAAGUUGAUUCCAAGGAGCGAGGCUUUGUAGCCUCAUUCCCGUUCCUCUUUCGCCAACCCUCCGCUUCCAUUUCCCAUUUCCCCGCUCGAAAGAAAAGCGUCCAGGCGAGCUGUCGGCAUCGUUCGUCCUCCAUCUUCUACACCAAAGAAAACCCAUUUUUUAAAAGCUCAGUUUAAGUUGUUCAAAUAAUUUUUUUUAAGUUUCUAUUGCGGCAAGCGAUUGGACUUUACAAGUCCAGAAAUGCAUUUCGCAAUCUACUGAGGUUGUUAAUUUAUUUUUCCGACUUUUCCUGAUGCAAAUGCAUUUUCACAGAUAUGGUUUUUUUUUUUUAGUGCACUCUUGGGAAAUGUGCACGAAAUUGUUGCGUGCAAUAAAAGUAAACCGGGAGUCGGAGCUAAAAUGCAACGUGGCUGAUGUUGCUGGUAUUUAAAUGUCGUUGAGGUGGGUGGCUGUGGGUGGUGACUGCGGCAAGUGGGCAGAGAAGGUGGGUGGCAAAUUGUACAAAUGAAGUGGCACGCCAGCCUGACAGUCGCUUGAAAUGUUUUACCUACCAACUGCAGUCCUCUGGUCUCCCAAAAAUCUCCCCCGCAGUUGGCACUUCAACUGGUGCACUUCAUUAUGUGAAAUUAAUUUUAAUUAAAAAUAUAUCAAGCCUUCGAAGUGAGCGCGGCGGGCUUAGAAAUUCAAUAUAUUUUACACCUGUACCAAUCCAUGACACUUUAGUAGUUGAAAAAGAUUCCUUCCAUUUUAAAAUCCUCCUUUUCGUUCUACAAGUUCAUGUGUACCCAUUUCAAGCUUGUUUUGCGGCGGGAUCGCAUGCACUCAGCUUCCAUGAAAAGCUAGUAACUGCGUAGAUAUUAUAAAUAGAUAAAACUAUCCGUAAUAUUUGGGACAUCUAUUGGCGCUUUUUUGCCGAUUGCGAAUAAAUAAAAUUCCCCCUUCUGCAUAGAAAUUGGCGGCGGGAACGUCGCGAUAAUGAUCCGGCCAGCAAGUUGACAGUGAUGAAGCCCUCGGGUGACAGGUUUUGGCUUUUGGCUGGGGCGCCAAUGGCCUGGCAGAUGGCUGACAACUGAUUACACACCCCACUCGUCAACUGUUGGGCGGAUAGAAGUACCGCAGAGGGUAUAUAUAGUAUAUAUGUAUAUCCAGCCCGAUUCCCAAUCCCGUUCCCAUUCCCAGCCCGAUUGUAGGGAAUACGAAAUGCACGGGGAUAAAUUUUGCAAUCAACACUUUGGUUGGCUUUUGUGUUCGCCGUCGCUCUUUUGGAUUAUUCAAUGUGCUUGGCAGUCAAUCAACCGUGUCUCGAAUGCAUUAAGAUUGGUGAAAGGAGGAAGAUUUCCCCGGCGAACUGCUAUACAUUGCAAUCUGAUCCAGUCGGUCAGUUCGUCCGUGAUUUAUCGGAAUGGGGCUCCCCGAUUCCAUUGUUGCCCGACUCUGCACUGUACUCUGCUCGUUACCCAUGGUUCUUUUGUCUUCCGGCCUUUAUCUGCUCAAACUACAACGCUGCUUGGUUACGCGCUGGCAUUGUAUUUCCUAAAUUUGGUUUUGUUUGGACUUGUAGUUCGAGUUUUGGCAACAGGUAUUAGUGAAAUGCAUGCAAACGAUGGAAUGCGCAAUUGCGUAUAAUUUAAUAUAGGAAUAAGGAUACCAGAAGUCCACCGCUGCUGUUGCAAUUAAAGUUCUGUCCCGUCAACCAAUUAACCCCCGCGAAGCCAUUGAAGCUGCACGGCAAACUAUUUAUCAUCCCUCGCUGGCUUUUCAUACCCCGUCCAUGUGUUCAAUUACAUCCAGAGGCAUCUUAAUGCGCCCCAUCCAACCCGAAGUGUCUGUAGUGGAAUCAAUUAAUAUCGGAAAUGGGCUCCAAUUAGCGUCUGAUUAAUUGGAAUUGAAUGGCAGAGUGGAAAGUGAUUUCGAGAUGCUUCAGUUAUAGAGAAUAUGCACUUCUCAGAUGUCGAACUUCUGCGACUUGAAGCCCCUAUGGUAUUCUUAUUUAGCUUGGUAUUCUUUAAGGUUAGGGACUUGAAUUAGUUAGUUUCACAAACUAAAAACGGUCAAGAACCUCAUACAUACAGCCGUGGACGUAUAAAUAGCACAAAAUGAAGUUCAUCUUUCGGAAUAGUUUUUUUAAAUAACAAAUAUUUCUUGGAAAUAAAACAGCUUUCGUUCUUCAUAGCUUAGCUUAUAAACUAAUAAAUUAAUUAAUCAAAAUGAAUAAAUGUUAAAAAAAAAAAGAUGUGGAAAUUAAAAAACUAAAAAACAACGAAAAAUGCGUGGUCACAGAAAUAGCACAAUUUCAAAAUAUCUUAAAUUAAUCAUAAAAAAUAAGUUUAAAAGUUAUUAAUGUAUAGCAAAUUUAAUAUUUGGUUGAGUAUCCAUGAUUUUCGAUGACUGCGUUACAUCUUCGACCCAUACUCUCCACAAGCUUCUGACAUCUCUCCUUUGGAAUGGAGUUCUAGGCUUCUUGGACACCUUUCCACAAAUCGUCAAGAUUCGAAAAUUUUUUUUUUGGAUAUCAUAACCUUGACAUCAUUCCAUAGAUUUUCUAUAGGAUUUAGGUCAGGGCUUUGAGCCGGCCGUUCCUGAACUUGGAUGGAUUCGUCCUUCAACCACUUUUCAACGACACGAGAUGUGUGCUUUGGGUCGUUGUCGUGCUGGAAUGUCCAUUUCAGAGGCAUGUUCUCAAACGUAAAUGGUUCCAUUUGAUUUUUGAGAAUGUCCACAUACAUAAAGCGAUUCAUUACGCCAUUCAUCCGGUAAAGCGGACCCACACCACGCCAGGAAAAUGCACCCCAGCACAUAAUGGAACCGGCACCGUGCUUAACAGUCUUCAUGGUGUACCUGGGGUUAAGAGCUUGGCCUUUUGGACGACGAACAAAUGUUUUCCCAUCGGGUCCUAUUUUAUUAAUUUUUGUUUCAUCGCUCCAAAGGAUGUUUUUCCAAAAACUCAGGUCCUUAUCCCGGUGGGCCCGUGCGAAACUUAAUCGUUGCGAUAUGUUGCGUUUUGACAGGAGCGGCUUUUUUCUGCUGAUGCGUCCAAAGAGGGAAGCUUCAUUUAGUCUUCUUGCCACUAAUUUCCUCGAUACAUUUGUGCCACAUUCUUUAUUUAUUUCCUCCAUAAUUUCGCGGGAGGACUUGAAAGGAUCCGCCUUGCUCUUCCAUACUAUGAGCAUAUCUGUACGCGGAUCAGUUUUUCGUGGCUUUGGUUUGCGUUUUUUUUGAUUGGUCAAAUAUGCUGUGUUUUCUUUUGCUACCUUCAGUGCAUUAUAUAGCAUUUUCCUCGAACAUUUCAUUAUUUCGGCAAUUUCAGCAGGUGUAUUGCCAGAUUCAGUUAGGUUGAAUAUCAUCCUCCUUUCUUCAACUAAACAAUGCUUUCCUCGACCCAUUUUUUUAACUUUUGUAUUAAAUUACAAUAAUUUGUUGACGAAAUUUUUUAAAUAACGAAAAAAAACUUAGGAAAACCACUUUUUACACGGAAUUUGCUGUAAGUUCUUUAAAGUGUGCUAUUUCUGUGACCACGCUAAAUAGUCGCUCGCGAACAAAAAUUAAGCAUAAGGCAGAAGAAAAAAAUGAUAACGGUAAAUUUUUGGGUUGUACGUCAUGUAGAAGAGAGCAAUAGUCGAUUCACAUCAAAAUUUUUGGAAUCGAAAGCCAAAUACUUUUGAAAUAAUCGAUCUAAAGUUACUGUUCUGAUGUGUGCUAUUUAUACGUCCACGGCUGUAUGUAUGUGGGCCAAUACUCUACCAGAUUCGAAUGACUGAUGCACUUCCGGUUAAAGCUAUGGCCGUUGUGCUUCUAUUUAUAAUUCCGUUGACCCCUUUUGAAGCUGUCGGCACAAUACAUCGUGUUGGUCACCAGAGGAGGCAAUAAUAGAGCCGUAAAACGGAGGAAUCCAUAAAUAAAUGCAAGUAGCAAUGCAAAGUAGCAACUUCCUGGCACAUCGGUUGCAUUAUGGUUUAAUUUGCCAAUUUAUUUGCCCUGUUUUUACAUUUCUGAAAGUCUCAUUAUAAUGGUCUCUAUUUGAUUUAUUGCAUUCGAUAACGGGAAUUCGGUGCCGCUUUUUGUUUAUCCAUUGUUGAAGUGCCAUUGAAGGCAUUGUUGGCUAUUUCGCACAAUGGAGAAUGGAAUUGUAAAGUUGCAAGCAGAGUUGUAAAUUGCAAUAAGUAAGAAAUUAAAUAUUUUUGUUAAUAAAAACCCCUGAAUGAGCUUUUCAAUUAUUGCACAUAGUAAAAUUUAAAAAUGGCCGUAAAAAAAAUUAUAUAAACGUCAUUUGGUCAGAGUCAACAUUAUGCUCGAGCACAUGGUCAGUUAUUAAAAACUCAUUUGAUUUCGGUUAUGUGCACAAAAAGACCUGAGUCUUUGACACAAUUUCCAUACCAUUGGACUGGGGCAACUCAAUAUGUCCUGAAAACACAUAUUUGUUUUAAAUGACUUUCCAAGCUGCCCACUUGACAUUGAGACCGUUCGCAGACUGUUUAUUUACUCAUCUCGAUUUCUGGGCACCAAAAGUUAACCUACGCUUAUGCAUUUGCCUUAGCUCAAAUCUCAAAUGUUUUGGCAUAAAAGGUUCGUUGAUUGCCCAGUUGGCUGCAGGCCAGUGCUGCCUACCGAGCAUCUGGAUUAUGUGGGUGGGUUAAGGAUACGGAGUCCUGAAUAUGAACCGAGAAAUCAGUGGAAGGUGAAAGCCAAAGUUUCACUGCCCGGUGGCUGUUGUCAUAAAACUUUAUCCCUGUCAUUACAAACGCCUUAACAGCUAGAUCAACAUGCCGCAAGUGGCCUUCUCUCUGGAUAAAUAUCCAGCUUCCAGCUCUUUGUCCCAAUUCAAUGACGAGCAAAUGUAAAGGGAGAAAACAAAUUUAUAAAAAAGCUCAAGCGUGCAAGGCAGCACUCUAAGAAACGCAAUAGUUUAUAUGGCUUUCAAGUGAUCUUAAGUUAUAUGAUUUACAAAGCCGGAACUAAAGUAGAUGAAAUAUUGUUAGUUAUGAUAAUUUCUUCCUUGGAAUUUAAAAGGAUCAAUGAUGUUUCCUGAAGUAAUCUGUACUUGAACUUGUUCCAAGAAUUUGUACAAAGGAUAAAUUUCUUUGCAAAACUUGAUUGAUGCGUUGGACACGCACAAACUUAUUCGAUUUUUCCUUGUGUAUCUCGAUUCCCUGGGAAAAUGGUGCGUAGUGCCCCUUGCUGCUUUUCUGUUAUUCUUUUCUCCUCCAUAUUUUUUGCCUGUUUUUCCUUUUUAAUGGGAGAUGUGAAAAGGCAAAGGGGAAGAGGUUUAUCUUAAACAUUUAUAAGGUUCUGGCUCCUGCUGUCCGCUCCCAUUGGUCCAUUCAUUCAUUUCAUUCAUUCCGAUUGAGCCCAUUCAUUUUCCUUACACUUUCCCUCACUUUCACCCACUCUGCCCACUUUACCGCCAUGUGUUGUAGUUGUGCAAAUCCAAUUUCAUGCGCCUUUUUAUUUAUUUCUGGUUCCUUUUGGCCAGUUUUAUGUUUUGUGUUAGUUUGUUGCCCAGCGCAACGUCCAACGUCCAAUGUCCACGUGCCACUCCACGUCCAGUUGCCCUUUUUUUUUUGUAUCAUUCCCUCCACUCGAAGACGUUUCUUUGCGACCUCUCGAUUUUGGGUCGGCUAGGUAUAAAUUAUCGGCCUCCGAUGGGAUCGUUCCUUCAUGGAAUUCGGAUACUGUCGCGACCUAUGCAAACAAUCAGCGGAAGAGUUUCGAUUCCGAAAAUUAGAGGUGUAAGUGGGUUGGGGUUUGGGUUGCUACAAAAGUCAAGCGAUCUCUAUUGUGAAACCCUGCAAAUUUAUGCAACAUUAAAGGUUUUUUUUUUUACUUUAUUUCAAUGCAUAUAAAUACUGAAUCCAACGUUUGGAAAUAAUUAUUUUAACUUCUCAUCCAAACACGGCUUUUUUGUUUGAUUAAAAAUGAAACUCGAAUCGAUUGUCAGUGCACGAGUUUAAAAAUGAAAAGUUGACAAUCCUCUAGUGUUGUGUUGUGUAUACACACUCACAGUGUCCAAGUGCUGGGAAAUGGUUGGUAUUCGGAAGGGAAGAUUGGAAAAAAGGUUGUUUAUUUGCCACUAGAAUUGAUUGACAAACCGUGAAAUUAUUUAGGGAUAUGAAUAUUUAAGCAGCUGCAGUUGAAUGUGUCAGUGAACCGCUGGCUUUUCACUGGCCGUUUUCAUAGAAUAAAACGUCAAUAGUAUAUUUUAACAUUAAGGCAGUUGCUUAACCUGUUUCGUUAGCAUUUUUAUAUCAAUAUGAUGAUAUGAUGAUGAUGAUUUUUGGGGCAGUUCAAAGUAAUGCUGCACUCGCAUUGACCUUAGAUACAGGUCCCUAGCUAACCGCAACAACCUAGUUUCAUUCAGGGCUGCUACUUAACCUCCAGAAAGCGGCGGCUGCAACAUCUUCUUGGCCCCACCUAUGCCAUCGUUUCAUAUUACUGCCCUUGCUCUAGGAGCCCUCAAUUGGUUCGCUUCUCACGCUGUUUCCUCCAGAUUCUAAAGAUUCCCCCUCUCGUCCCCUUUGCCCACAUUUUGACCCCAUUUCGCCCCUUUCUCUUUGGCCGCAGGAUGUGGUUCAUUUGCCGUUUCGUAGCAUACCUAUUUGGGCAGGCCAUAAAUUCACACAAAUACUCGUAUGCAUGCAACUGGGGUUCAGCGAAUGUAAUAUAAAUCUACUCUGUUUCGCUGUAUUCUGGCUAUUGUAUAUUCAACAUUAAUUGAACCUCAGGAAACUAUGUAUCUCACAACCAGAAUCUUAAGUAAGCAUCGAGUGUAUUUAAUGAGGACUUGUAAUGAGUACUAGCUUUUUAUGCUUUUGUUGCGUUUAUACUUUUUACAACAGUUUCAAUUCAGAUUUCGGUGCCAUGCGUCUCUAAUAUUGUAACCGCGACUGUGCGCCUAACCAAAAUGAUGGAUAGGCGAGAAAGGGGAGUGCAAUUUGCUACUGAAAUUGGGGACGUUGCCUUUUUGGCUCGAUAAACUCUCUUGUAGCUAUGUUCUUGCGCCUUCAACUUCACGUUCACUUAAUAUAUUGUACAUAUGUACGAGUAUAUGACUGAAUAAACCAUAAGACAGAGAAUAAUAUGUUGCUGCCAGCAGAAAUCUCAAAUCAGAAGCCUUCUCCUUAGUUUGAGGAAAAUUUACAAUUUACAUACGGUUUGCUAAUUAAAGGCUGCAGGGAUGUGGAAUUCUGGGAUAUGGAUUCUAGGCCACCGAGACAGGAUGGCACUGCAUUUGAGGUAUGCUCAUAUUUUUUGAAACGCUGUCCUUGUUUUCGACAAUCAUUUGAGGACACUAAACGCUUUUGCGAAAUCCUAGACUAUACCCUUAUUACAUUUUUUUCUACACAACAAAGAAUUAUUUAAAUAACCAUGGGUAUAAUAAUAUAUCCACAUAUCCACAUUCAUAUGCACUACAUGUUUUAUUCCAGGCGUUAUUCGUUAAGAAGUUUGCAAUUUUCGAGAGAUAUCUAAGAAAAUGCAUUGAAGAUGGGCGACUUUUCUCGAGGUGCACCCACCUACACUCCCCCAAGAGCCAUUCACUGUGUCCGCAGCUUUUUAAUAAGCCCGACGCGAGAGUCUGGGCCAGGUUCCCACUUGACAUGGUUGAGCUGGGGACUUGACGAAAGAGGCUAACUUUUUUCUCGUUGUUUUACAGCCCAGUAAAGCGAAAAAAAAAACAAAAAAUAAAAAAAACCGAAAACAAAAAACAAAAAAGGUAGGGAAAUGGGGGCUGCUUUGCUUCCGCUGACGCCUCGCAAAUUGCCGAAGGGAGGUUCUUUUGGGGGACUUCUGAGCCCCUGCCCAAUAAAAACUUUUCCCACUGCAAAUUGGCAGCAAAUUCGAGAUGCAGUGGAAAAUUAGAGGGCAUUAUGGUUAUUCGUUAUUACAACUCGACAGCGGUUAGAUCAAACGCUUUCGUAAAGCGGAUUAGGUUGGGAUUAGGUUAGGAAAUCCCCUCAUUAGGAGAGCGCAUACUUUUCUACUCGAACUCGAAAUAAUUUAGCUUCCCGCUUUUGCACAUAACAAAUCUUAGUAAUGCGCUGAUGAUAAUCUAAAUUAUUUACUCAAAUGUUAGCCCUUCCUUCUAGACAAAUAGUUGGGUCAAAAGAAUGUGGAUAUUUAAGGAUUUAAAUUUAAACAUGCCACUCAUUUGCUGACACUGCACUUUUCCAAGUGUGUUUGCAUUUGAGCCAAGUAACUUGUUGGUUUGCAAUUAAUUGUUUUCCGCGACCAAUGACCUCUUCGUGGCAGCGAAUCUUGGGCUUGGCACUCCAGUCUAGACUGCACUGGCCACGCCCAUAGCGCCAGCGAAGCAUAAUGUCACGCCCUGAAAACUAAGGCAACUUGUUGAGUCAGUCGAUGUGCAAUUGAAUCGAGGAACUAACUCAAUGCCGCUAUAUAGCAGUGAAACUAACAAAGAGUUUAAAUUUGGGUUUGGCCCUCGUUUCUACUUUUCAACACUGGGUAAUUCGAAGGCGCGUUGGAGUGUGCUAAACGAAUUUUGCCAAAGUUUCAAAGUGACAAUGUUUUUGUUUCUUUUUUUUGUGGGACGCACAUCUGCACCUCAUUUACAUGGCCGACGGGGGGGUUUUGUUUUUUUGUUAGACAGAAGUGGCGGUGGGUUUAGUCCAUUUGCAGUGCAUAAAAGUUGAAUAAGUUCUUUGGCGUCCAGUCCGAAAAAAAACCGCCAUUAAAUAACUUUUUGUCCCAUGCUUUUUCGUGGAGUUCUCGAGAUGGGGGUAUAUAUAUAUAUCUGUUCCGGGGUGUAUAUAUUAUGUAUACACAUAUUGGAGUGACACCUCCAACGUCAACAACUUAAACAUCAGUUUUGCGGGACGGGGUGGUCUGAUAACUUUUCAAAUUUAGCCGCUUGGAAAAAGGAGUGUGAAGAGGCCGCGGAGAAAAAGCCCGAGAUGAAGUGGAAGUUGAAUGGGAGUUGGCGGUGUGGGGGUGUGGAUGUGGCGGCGAAGGGGUGCCCAAAAAGUAUGCUAAGUAUUUCUACGGGUGGUGGGACUUCCACCCUGUUCACCACCCACCCACUUACCCUUGAGUUGCGCUUGAAAGACGUUCGCUUUCAAUUAAGGUUCAACCGCUGAGAAAACUUGUGUAUUGGCCUUAAUCUAAAUCUUGAAGUCCCUAUAAAUGGUAUGGAUUGUGACUGCUGCAUGAAUGUUUAUACAAAAGGAACUGAAUUUUACUUAUGCGAACGCUGAAAGCUGUAAUCUGAAAACUGAAAGCUGCGAGGAUUAACAGUAUAGGCGGCAUAUUUCCAUUUGAAAAGGAACAAUUUUAAGCUGCAAAUUCAAAAGAAAACCUCUAUUCGCAGGAGGAAGCAAGGUAGACAUUUUCUAAGGUUUCAGAGAUCUGCGGAAUUAAUAAAGUUUUAAAUUAACAUAUAUUUUAUUUAUUUUAAGUUGUUUCCGCACGUCCAAUACCUGUCGCUUUCGCUGUCCCACUCUAACCUUGAUGCCUGUUCUCUUCUUGCAUGUUACUUGGUUUGCGAUGACGAUGGAUCAAAAAAAAAAAAAAGUUGUUCAUAAAAGAAAAAAUUAAAAAAAGAAAGAGAGAGAGAGAGAGAGAGAGAGAGAGAGAUAGAGAGAGUGAGAAGAAGAUAUAUAGAAGAAUAUUAAGAAGAGUUGUACACGCGACAUGGAUACCAAGUUGGAGGCGCGUGGCCAGUUUCCGGCCUCGUUUCCGGACACUUUCAAGAACUUCUUUGCCAUGAUGAACGAAGACGAGGAUCAUGUGGGGCUGUUUGCCAAUCUGCUGGAGGAUAAGGUGAUUCCGCGGCAGACCAGCCCCGUCCAGCCCCAGCGGCAGCGGUACGGCGGCAGCAUGCGGAGUCACAGCGGCGGCGACCGCUCCGAUCGAAGGGGUCGCGCCGAGCGGCAGUACCAGCAGCAGAUCCAGAAUCAACAGCAGCAGCAGCAAAACGCUCAACAGGUGAGUGGUUGGUUACCAUUGGUUAUGGUUUCUGUUUCAAUACACAUUGGCAUACACCUGCAGCAGCGCGUCUUUCAGCCGCGAAGUCGCAGCGGCAGCGGCAGCAGCGUUGACCUUUAUGCGACUCGAAAUGUAAGCUUCACGACCCCCACCAACCGGGUCAAUUCGCUGCGGCGAAAUCGCUCGCGAGGAUCGCUGACCACCCUGAGCAGCAAUGGCCUAAAUGCCCUGGGCCUGGGACCCGUGACCCUAGCCCCGAAUGUCAGCUCGAGCAGCAGCGGUAGCGUCCUGGACUUGACUUUGCCGGGUGGCAACGGGCCUGGUGAUGGAGGAAGCGGCCCGAAUCUGUAUCCCUCGCCCGCGAAGUCGAACCUGAAACCUGCUCUGAAGGCAAGCAACUCGUCUGUGGACCGUGGAUCCGCUCUCUUCCUAGGAGCCGGCGGUAAAUUGCUUUGCAGUCGCAUUAAGUACUGUUGUCUGCACCAUGAUAAUUCCGCAGAUGAGAUCCAACAACGUCAGCAGCCGCUCAAGAAUCAGCAACUCGGUCCUGGACAGAAGCACGUGACUAUGGCCUGUUGCGAGUGCGUUUGUGGCAGUGGCAAGGUUCCCCGUUCCGUUCCCGACGGCGAGGACAAUUGUGGGGCGAACUACCUGAUGGGCUAUUCUGGCGGAUACAUGCUACCACAAACGCCGAAGGGAAAGUCCAUCGACAAGGCGAGCACCUUCACUUCCGCCGAGCUGGCAGCCUCGAAGAACAAGGAUCUGCAGGAGCGACAGGAGCGGCAGGAGAAACGUGGGUCUGUCAUCCUUGAAAGGGCUUUCGAUUUCGAUGCCAGCUGCGACGAGAGCGACAGCAUUGGCAGCAGCACCCACAAUCCCGUGCCCUCGCCGGCUCCCCACCAGCUGGCCUACAAUGUCCUCAAGCCGAUCCUCAAGCAGCCGCAACAACAGCAGCAAAAGGCAAUGAUGCAGCCGCAACAUCAACAGAUAAAUGCCCAGCAACAUCAAGGAGUUACGCAGCAGCAAUAUCAACCGGUUCCGAAUCAGCAGCUGGUGGGCAACCAGCAGCAUCAAGUGGUGACCCAUCACCCACAACUGGCCCAUCAACAGGUGGCCCACCAGCAAAAUCCAGGGGGCGCCCACCAGCAGCACCAAGUGGUUGGCCAUCAGGCACUCACCCACGCACAGGUGAACCACCAGCAGCCCGUGUUGCAGGUGCAGCUUCCGACCCCCGGGGUGCACGUGGUGCACCGCCUGCUACCCACACCGCCCACCCACAGCGGAAAGGGGGCGUACCACACGCGUGAGGCGGCCUUGCAAAGGGUGCAACAGCAGAGCGGCUUCUACAACCAGGGGCCGAGCACCUCGGCAUCUGCCUACGGCUAUAAUCAGGCCAUGGAGCACCAGCUGAUGCAGCAGCAGCUGCACUACGAUCCGCACCAGGAUCUGCAGUUUGAGCAGCAUCAGCAGCUGCAACAUCAGCAGAUGCAUUUGCAGCCUCAGCAACAGCUCCAGCUUCAGCAGCAGCAUCCGCAACAGUUGCAGCAUCCACAACAGCUGCAGCAUCAGCACCAGCAUCUGCAGCAGCAUCAGCAUCAGCAUCAGCAUCAGCAGCAGCAGCAGCAUCAACAUCAGCAGCAGUACGCAGAUGACACCGAGCUGGAUUACGAUACGGAGUGGGAGUUGGAUGAGGAACCUGCUCCGCAGGCUGUCCCGCCACUCACCACCUUCAACGACUUUGUUAACGCGGCGCAGAAUCCAACUGGCAGUCGACAGAGUCUACGCGCCCAAAAAUCGCCGAUUUUAAACAGGCGUCGCGCCUCAUCCAUAGCUGGAAAUCUUUUGCACUCGGAUUACACGUACACCCGGAACAGCAUCGGUGGAGCUCCGAUCGACUCCACCGACUUUCAGCGCAUUUCGCACAGCAGCAGUGCCAGGGAUCGCAUGUCUCUGGCCGGAGUUCUGACUUUUCAGCAGGCCAUGUCCGGAGCAGUGUCACCACAGUAUGGAACAGUGGGAUCGCUGAAUCCCCAAGCAGCCGGUGCCGGUGAAAACAUGCCGGGCAUUGUGGGAUCCGAUGCCGUAGGUAGCAGUUUGCCUGGCGGAUCUUCACACAAUCUAAAUUUGACGGUGGGCUUGGGGUUUCUCGGUGGUUCCAGCACCACUUUGGCUGCUGUCGCCGAGGUGACUAGUGGACCAGAUGGCAAUGGCGACUCCACCGACUCCCCGUCUCCGGUCUCCAUGAUUCCCAGCAAGCAGCAGCAGCAAAAGCAGCAGCAGCUGUUGCAGUUGCAGCUGCAGCAGGAGCAACAGCAACAGCACCAGCCCACCCACUUGCCAAUGAAGCGGGAACGAGGCGUAGGUGAGUCCUCCGGAGCCAGCACAUCCGGCACCGCCAUCGCCGAACUAGCCUCCUCCGUCGUCCUGGCCUCCCAGUCCGGAAAACCCAUGACUGAGCGGCAACGCCUAAGGACAUCCAGCAUGCCGGCGGAAAGUAGAAGGCCGCGUCUAGCGGAGAUGCGACGCUCGGCCAUUCAUGCCGGUGAUCCGGACAUGACCUACUAUCGCCUGCGGAGCUUCAGCAUCACUUCCCACGGCAUCUGCAACUUGGGCGAUUCCCUGAGAAGCCGCAGGUCACGUUCCAUCAACUCCGUGACUUCCACCGGCACCUCAAACAGCGGCGUGGAUCGACACAAUAGCAACGCAUCGGGAGCAUCAGGCGAAGUCAUCGACGGGGAUCCCAAUGUUCCUGCCUACAAAAUUGCCAUGCUCGGCGCCUCCGGAGUGGGCAAAACCACCCUGACUUACCAGUUCACCACUUCCGAUUACAUAUGCGCCUACGACCUUAGUCUCGAUGAUGACUACGGACAGAAGACUGUGUCGGUGCUAGUCGAUAACAUCGAAACGGAUUUGGAAAUAAUUGAUCAUCCCGCAUGCGAGAUGUCGACGGAGGCCUUCUGCGCCACCUACAACAUCGACCUCUUCGUGGUGGUCUACUCUGUGAUAGAUCGAAACACUUUUGCCGCAGCCGAGCGUGUCCUGCAGUAUCUCAAGGAGAACGAGAUGCUCUUGUCACGCGGAGCCAUCCUUGUAGCCAACAAAACGGAUUUGCAACGACAUCGAGUUGUCACUCGUCAGAUGGGCCGCAAGGUGGCCAAGGAAAUUGCAUGCAAAUUCAUUGAGACAUCAUCUGGACUGGAUCACAAUGUGGACGAGCUACUAGUCGGCAUUGUGGCGCAAGUGAAACUCAAUCCGCAGCGCUUGCGAUUGCUCACCGAAUUUGAGCUGCAGCGCCUGAAUUUGCAAAGCACUAUCCAGAAGCACCGUGGCAUGCACCUGCAGACCCGUCGGAUGGUCCGACAAAUGAGCGUUUGUCAGGAUGACGAGGAGAUUUUCGAUGGCGGACUGCCGGAAAGGCUGCAGAACGGCGAGGCCAACAAUGAUCCGGACGGAGUGCCUAGCACAUCGAAGGCCGGUCGAUCGCGUAUCGAGAAUCCCAACCGCAAACCCUUGAACCUGGAAAGCAUAUUGAAGAUGGGCGAAAGCGAGGUGGACGAGGACGAGGAUGUGGUCAAGACGUCGCAGCUGAGCAAAUUCAAUAUGCUGGCGGCCACCAUACGUCAUCGUCGUCCAUUCCGCAAGCGUCGCUCGUUCGACGGCGGCGUUUCCACAUCUGCAGCUGCGGAAGCAGCCGCCGAACUGCAGCGGCGCUAUCAACUCCGAGCCAUGGAUGACCUGCAGCUGGAGGGACGACUGGGAGGAGCGACGGAGGAGCGGUUUGGGGAGAGAAGUGGACUGGCCGACAGCGAUGAGGAGGAGGAUGGUGAGGAGGGAGUGGUCGGAGGACACCGGAAUGCCUGCAACCGCAAGGUGGUGAAGAAACUGACCGCCCGCACCAAGGUAUUCCUCUCGUCGGUGCUGCGCUUCAAGAAGGCCAUCAGCCUCAAGCGGCGCAACUCCUCUAGCUGCAGCGAUCUCUUCGUGAUCUAAACGGUUGGCAGCGGCGGCGGCGGCGGCAUAGGAAGUAGGAAGUAGGGAGCAUAGACUGAAUGUACAUAAACGGAGUAUAGGAGGAGGCGAAGUAGGAGCAUCGAAAUGGAAACGAACCGGAACAAUCCAUACCAGGAGAACCAGAGACCAAGAACCCAAGAACGGUGGAGUCGAACACGGAAGUGCACGAGUGCAGGACGUCAACGUAUGAGGAAGUUUCCAGUUGCAUAUUUAACAAAAAUUACAGGGACAUUUUCCGUUUUUUUGGCCAAUGGACGAUUGCAGCAAUUAGAGCUAUACACUUUGCACUUUUAGAUGGCAACUGUAAUUCGUCUGGCGAAGACAAGAAAUAUACAAUUCUGGGCCAAACAAUUUCUAGAAAUUUAUAAUCACUUGAAAUUGCAUUUAAAAGUGUGGUCCAGUUUUCGGUGCCAGUGCGACUUGUGGACUGAAAAUAUUUUGUGGACUACCUUUGCAAACAUCUGUAAGUGAUAUUAAGCAUCUAGAAAUUUUUGACAGUCCAAUUGCAUAUGACAAAAACAAAACAUACACCCCUUUACUCCGAACCCAACCGGUAGGUGGCGCUGCAAAUGCGGACAAUAAUUUUCUUACAAAAAAUAUUGAUCAGCAAAUUUUACAAAAUCGAAAAAAUGGACUAAGCACGUUUUAUGCAAAAGCAAAUCAAGUCCUAUUCGCUUAAAAAAAUAUUGAAUGCAGCAAAAAUUAAAGUAUAUAAACAAAAAUCUGCAUUGUUUGAGUGGCACAUACUCGAAGGAAACAGGAAAAACCGCAAAUCCAAUAUGCAUACAUAUGUAGCGAUACAGGGCAAAGAAUUGCACUCUAUUUUGUUAUGUCGUUUUUGUGGUUCCUUAUGUGGUAAUGAUUAAUCGCGUGGUUUCUGACGAGUUUCAAGAAAAUAAAAAAUUGAAUUUAUAACCUAAUCCUUAUGUGAACUUAAAGUGAUGGCAAAGGCGUUUAGUAGUAGUGCAAAUAUGGAAACGUUUUUUUAGCCAAUGUCCUACAUGUGAAGACAAGAAAUCUGGCAAACAAAUUAAAGCCAAAAAGAGCAGUACGAAAUAGUCCAAGCACAUUUGCGAUCUUUACAUCAUUUUUUAUAGUGGCACGCAUAUUAAUGGAAUUAAAUUUCAUAAUGCCAACGGUCCACCUUAAUUGCUCAACUAUUAACACACACUUUAAACAUUAUUGUAUACAUUUAAAUACCUUAUUUUACACUUACCCUCCUUUGUGAUAGUCUUAUAGUUGCUUCUUACCAAACCUUUCACCAACAAUAUAGGUAUUAAUAUAUUUUUCCUUUAUUAACUGCAAUUUACAACAAAGCAAUGUGAGAGCUUUUUGUAAGAUGUGCACCCUUGGAGGUGCUGCUGUUCGUUUGGCUUUUGCUGAACUAUGCGUAUAUAUUGAUACAUACAAAAUAAUUGUCUAGCGCCGAGUAUUUUUUGCGCGUCUAUGAUCAAAAAUAAGCAAAUAAGUAUUUAACACUUCUAAAUGUCGUGUGGUAAAAAUACCGAAAAUACACUGAAACCACCAGCACUACAUAAAUAACACACAUAAUACAACAGUUACCAUCUGAACGAAGAAAAAUAUUCUAUAUAAAAAAAAGUUACAGCAAAUGGCUUACUACACACAGAAUAUUCAAUAUUGAUAACUUACGAAUGCUAGCAAGCGACCGCAUGACGCGAAACCGGAAAAUUGGUAAAAAAAAAAAAAAAAACUAUUAAAGUGAAAUCUUCUAUGACAUUGUAGGAGGAGGCAAAGUAAAUCCAAUACCCUAUAAGUUUUCCCGAUUGCUUUUGUAAUUUCGUCGGUCGUCGGAACUUGAGGCACUCAGGCAAAUACCAUAAUGAGCUUAACAAAAGCCUGCAAUACUGUAUUGAAAUGGAACUGGCAAAAAAUAAUGGAUUUUGAAACUUCUUAGCGGCUGCUAUCACAAACUAAGAAAAUUUACAAAUGAAAUAGCGACCAAGCGACGAAGCAACUCGAUUUUCACAACAUUUUUUUAUUAAUUGUUUUUGAAUAUUUAAGUCAGACUUUUCAAUUGCAGACUUUUCAGACUCUUUUUUGUUAAUGUUAGUUCUCUAUUACUUUAUGUUCUAGAUGAAUACAACUUUGCGAGCUACGCUAAGUAUAUUCAGUGCAUUUUGACAGCUGGUUAAAUUAUUUAUUGGCCUUGUUAUUUUUGUUGGUAACCGCCUUUAACUGACGUUGUAAUACCUAGCAAAGUUUUUGGUAGGAAGGCGGUCUUAAAAAACCAAAUACAAAAGAAAACAAAACAAAGAAUAAGUCAUACAUAUAUUCCACCACAAUCUUUUGGGCUGCACAAGCGGCAGCAACAACAAAUAUCUUAGGUACACAAAGUCAAGAACAAGAAAACUUAAACAAAUUGAAAAAAAGAACACACUUAGCUCAGCCACACAAACUCCCCAUGCUCACUCUCCUGUCAAACAUUUGAACAAUAUGGAAAAUGCCGGCAAGGAAUGGAGAAUUGUAUUGCUCAACACGAGAAGACAUUAGAUGUAUUCGGGGGAAUGAGACGAUGAGUUAUGUGCCAGCUAUCUAAGUACUUGGCCAGACUUGAUCGAAGCUUUCAGGAAACGGGAGCGCUAGAAUUGAAAAAAAAACGCAAAAAAAAAACAAAAUACUGAACGGAACGGAACAACGAAUCGUGAAUGACCUAAGUUGGAGAUUAAGUGCAAGUGAAGCGAAAGCGUAUGAUACCACAUCAAAUAUCCUGAACCUCUUUCGACCAAAACUCCAAACCAAAUGAGUCCGCUGAACUCAGCUGAAAGUCCAGUGGCCAAGAGGCUUAAGGAAUAUAUUUAACUGGAUGAGAUUUAAUGGGGCAACGAAAUCGAUUGUCGUCGAGAGGCAACAGAAACUGGACAUAAGCUGGGUCAAGGGAAUGAAUCCAAGGACCUGGGGACACUUUAACGGACAGAAUCACUUCGGAACUUCACCCACUACCUACUACUUCAAAAUCGAGACUGAUUUUACUGCUCCCUCAACAGCACACAAACAAAGUAUACAUACAAAGUAAAAAUCCAAAAUCGGAAGAAUAUCACAACCUGACAACAUGAAUUUCAACUUUCCUAACCCAUUUCGCGUACACUAUCAACACAAUAAUUUAAGAUUACAUUUACAAGUUACAUGACCUGUCGGUUGAAUAAGGUCGAAUAUACAAGAAACUACUUGAAUACAAAUAUAUAUCUUAUAUAAUUAUAUACCCCUCUUAUAUAUAUACAUAUAUGUAUACAAAAUAUAUACCAUGAAAUAUUUACACACAAGUUUUACUCCGUGCCAUUUGAGUGCGAUAAGUUAAGUUGAACCAAACUUUAUACGAAUUUCGGACAAGUUCAGCGGCAUUUUUAUGGGAAUCCAUUUGACUAAUGGUUAACUUGUUCUUAUAUAUCAUUUAAGUGUGAUACGCGAACGGAGGUUUAGUUAUAGAAAGCCAACUGGAGCUCCCUACAAUCUUGUCAUUUAUUUUGUGCCCAUCCCACUUUCACUCCGUUCGAAUUAAAUCAAAAUCAAUGUUCCCAAAUAGAAUAAUUUUUACCUUACAAAAUUGUUUAAAAAUCAAAAGACGCCGUAGUUGUUUUUAUUAUACACGAAUAUACACUAUGAAUACUUGAAAUUUUUUGAUGUACGUUAAACAUUUAUGAUAUGUGUGUGUUUGCAGAAACCUCUAUUUGUAAUUGAUAUCCAUAUAUAUGUGUAUAUAUAUAUAUAUAUAGAACGACAAUUUGCUCCUUUCCUGUUUUAAUUCCGAGUGAUUUUGAAGUUUCCGAGCAAAGCAAUUGGUUUAGGUGAGCAAAGGCAAAAUGGUUCCACGUGGAAAUACUUACAAGUAUAUUGAAUACCACGAUUUAGUACGUAUGCAUAAGCAUUUGUAUUUCGUAUUUUUUUUUCGUGAAACCUUCAUUCAAUCAAAUUGAAUGGUCACUUUUAACCAUAAAUAAAUAUUUUACUCUAUGUGUAAUUAAUAACAGCUUA